CCUCGUUGCCGGCCAAUCAACAGACUUCGUGCGCGAUGUGUGGCGGGACCUCAGCAGCUGCUGUGCCGCCACAUUUUGAAUAAGUUAUGCAACCCGCUGUCUAGUCUCACUCUGCCAGUGCAGUCAGUAACAGCGGUGGCCGUUUCGCGUUCACCGCCCGGCAGCAGUACCAGGCCGCCGUUAUACCCGUGCCCGCAUUAUGGUGGAGGGUCCUGGCUGCACGCUGAACGGGGAGAAAAUCAGGGCCCGGGUUUCCCAGGGUCAGCGUGUGGUGGAACUGCGGGGCAAUGCUGUCGGCAGCAACAGCAGCAAGAAACCAUCUACAAAUGUUCCUACAGCCACAAGUAACCACAUUUUACAGUAUUUGCUUUCAAGUACCUUCACUGGGGUGGAGACCUUGGGAAAAGAACUGUUUGUGUAUUUUGGGAUGAGAGCAUUACGGGUACAUUUUGGAAUGAACGGAUCAAUGCGCAUUAAUCCAGCAGAGAGGAAAGACCGAAGUGGAGCUCCAGCAGCUCUAGAAGUGCAGCUUACCAAGGACUUGAUUUGCUUCUAUGAAUCCACAGUUGAUGUCAGGAAUGCAUCAGACUGUCAAGAAAAAGUUAGAUUAUUUCAAGACUUGGAUGUCUGCUCCCCGAACUUCAGUUUUUCUAGAGUGGAGUCUGAGGUAAAGAAGCAGGGAUGCCGUAUGCUCUGUGACGUGCUCCUUGAUCAAGCAGUGCUACCUGGAGUCGGCAAUAUCAUUAAGAAUGAAGCUCUUUUUGACAGUGGCCUGCAUCCGGCUAUUCAGGCUGGUCAGCUAACCGAUCAACACGUGAGCCAUCUUGUAAAAAUGACCCGUGACUUCACACUUCUCUUCUAUAAGUGUCGGAAGACUGGCUCAGCCCUCUACAAACAUUACAAAGUGUACAAAAGACCUAACUGCGGUCAGUGUGGUACAAAGAUCACAGUGUGUCGUCUGGGAGAACACAACAGAAUGACCUAUUUUUGUUCAAAGUGCCAAAAAGAUCAACCUCAGCAGGUUGAUGCAAGUCUACUCCCAAAACGAAAUAGUAUGAUUGGAUGGGCAUGUAGACAAGAGUCUUUAGAACAUGUGAGCAAGCGUGAGGAAGAGCACUGGUCAUGUACAGUCUGCACUCUCAUCAAUAAACCAUCAGACAAGAAAUGUGAUGCAUGUCUUACCUCCAGACCAGAAGUUUUAACAAAUGAAAAUGUCAGCUGUGACACUGACCUAGUCAAGUAUCCAUGUAACAGUUUUGGAAAACCCGUCUCUGAAGUGAAGAUAAACAGGAAAACAUCUUUUGGGCAUACGACUUUGGUACUAAGUGACUUCAGUUCAAAAAGCAGUACCAGUACAGAACAGCCUGCAGAGAUAUCCAUCAGUAACAAUUACAGUAACAUGCACAGUGCCUCCAAUAAGAGAAGAAUCAGUGAAAAUGAUCAGUGGACACCUUUAAAUGCCGUGGACGGUAAUACAAAUGCUGGCACUUGCUCAUUGAUUCACCAACUGAAGAAACAUAAGACUGACCAUACAGUACCAAAUAGAAUUGUUAGCUCCCCCAUUAGUUCACCUCAAGUUAACGGGACAGGGGCCAACUCUGAGCUGAAUCUGAGCAGCCCCCUGUGCAGGAAGCAUAAUCGCCCCUCUGCUCUUCGUGUUGUGAGGAAGGAUGGAGAGAACAAAGGGAGAAUAUUUUAUAGCUGUUCUCUGCCCAGGGAAACUUCUUGUGAGUUUUUUGAAUGGGCAGAUCUACAUUUCCCAUUUUGCAACCAUGGAAGGCGGUGUAUUAUGAGGACCGUUUUGAAGCUUGGUCCUAAUAAUGGUAAAAAAUUUUAUGUCUGCCCAUUCGGAAAAGAUAAACAAUGUGGUUUCUUUGAGUGGGCAAAACCAGAAGCUUAAUAAUGACUCCUUAUGCCAGUCAUAACUGCUGCUCUAAUAUACAAUGCAUGUACUACAAAGGUCUAUUUAAUUUUUCAUUGUAUAUUAUUUUACAAUGAUUCUACAAUAAACAUUUUUUCCCUUAA